AGAUUCAGGAAGCCAUUACGCAGCUGACUGGUAGCGGCCGGGCGGGUCCGGGCUGGGCCCUACGCACUUUGCGUAGCGAGAGGGGUUACCUAAGGCCUGGAGCUUGGCCUGGAGCAAGCCUGGCCUUAUCCCCCUAGAAGGGGGUGGGUUAGUAAGGGGCAAGGCAGAGGAAGAAGGGGGAGGGGAAUUGGGGCUGUUGGGGACACUAUAAUUUUUUUUUUUCCUUCACAUAUAAAGAGUGGAGGGGAGAGCAAAGGGCCAUGGCAGUCCCAGCCAAGAAGAGAAAGAUGAACUUCUCAGAGCGAGAGGUGGAAAUCAUCGUUGAGGAGCUGGAGCUGAAGAAGCACCUGCUGGUCAACCACUUCAACGCCGGGGUCCCUCUGGCCGCCAAGAGCGCGGCCUGGCAUAGCAUCCUGAGAAGGGUCAAUGCUGUAGCCACCUGCCGCAGGGAGCUGCCCGAAGUCAAGAAGAAGUGGUCCGAUCUCAAGACCGAAGUCCGUCGUAAGGUGGCCCAAGUCCGGGCUGCCGUGGAGGGUGGCGAGGCCCCAGGACCCACUGAGGAAGAUGGAGCUGGUGGGCCUGGGACGGGCGGUGGCACUGGCGGCAAUGGCCCCGCUGUAGCCCCCGUACUGCUGACCCCCAUGCAACAACGCAUCUGCAACCUGCUGGGCGAGGCCACCAUCAUCAGCCUUCCCACUACCACAGAGAUCCAUCCGGUGGCCCUCGGACCCACGGCCACCGCGACCGCAGCCACGGUCACCCUGACACAGAUCCCUACUGAGACCACCUAUCACACGCUGGAGGAGGGAGUGGUAGAGUACUGUACCACGGAGGCUGCGGCUCCCCUGCCGGCUGAGGCCCCCAUAGAGAUGAUAACCCAGCAGGCAGACACCUCCGUCAAGCCUCAGGCGCUCAAGAGUCGCAUAGCGCUCAACUCUGCCAAGCUGAUCCAGGAACAGCGGGUUACCAAUCUGCACGUCAAGGAGAUUGCCCAGCAUCUGGAGCAGCAGAACGACCUGCUGCAGAUGAUCCGGCGCUCCCAGGAGGUCCAGGCCUGUGCCCAGGAGCGCCAGGCCCAGGCCAUGGAGGGCACCCAGGCGGCCCUGAGCGUCCUCAUCCAAGUCCUUCGGCCCAUGAUCAAAGAUUUCCGUCGCUACUUGCAGAGCAACACGCCCAACCCGACCCCGGCCUCUGAUCCUGGACAGGUGCCCCAGAAUGGGCAGCCAGACAGCAUCAUCCAGUGAGGGCAGGGGCGGGGCCAGCCUUCCGCCGCAGUUGGGUCAAACCUCCACGGUCUUGUAAGUGGCCUCUGGGAUUGGAUUUGGAAGGCCACACCGACAGUUCCCUCCUUGGUGGACAUUUGGUGGGGGAUCUCCUGUUCUGAGAAAUGAAAGAGACUGGGAAGAGGAA